AUGGUGAGCUCAGAAGGAAAAUACAUCACUCACCCCAACGGCCAGAUCAGCCACUACUUCGACGACGACUUUACAGACCCAUGGAAAGAGUCUCCAGUAAUCCUAAUCCAACACGGCUUCGCCCGACAUGCUGCAUUCUGGUAUCACUGGGUGCCCGUGUUAUCACGACAAUACCGAGUCAUCCGACGAGACGCUCGAGGACACGGACGUUCCAGCUAUCCAGACAAGGAGUCAGCAUCAACCUAUAAAUAUGACGCCGAGACAAUCUGCGCCGAGAUUGUCGACAUGCUUGACCAGCUAAAGCUCACCAAGGUCCAUUUCCUCGGCGAAUCAACCAGCGGCAUGAUCGGUGAGAUCCUGGCCGUCAAGUAUCCGAACCGCUUGCACUCGCUGACCAUCUGUUCGUCGCCGACGUAUCUCCCGCCCGCUGCCACAGAAUUGUUCGCAUUCGGGCACCGGGACUGGCCUACUGCAUGCCGACGACUAGGCGCACGCGGCUGGGCGGAAAAACUAUCCAAAGUCCCAGGCACGGUGUCUGUGCCGGAUCCGGCGUAUCUACAAUGGUGGACUGAUCAGAUAUCGCUGUCGAGCGCCGAGGGUCUCGCGGGCUACGCAGAGUUCCUCUGCACGUUGGACGCAAGGCCAUUUCUUGGGCGCAUCAAGGUCCCGAUGUUGAUUCUCGCGCCAGCGAACAGUGCGGCGACGACGGUAGAGGAGCAGAAAAGUAUUCAGAUGCAGGUAGAGGGUGCAAGGCUAGAGGUUAUUCAAGGGAAGGGACACGAGAUUUAUGUGGAUAUGGCGGAGGAAUGUCAGAAGGCUGUCUUGUCGUUCUUGGGGGACCUGUCUGGCUCGAGGACAGGGUGA